AUGGACGAUAUGGAAAGCAGUAGCAGUAUGCCUACUAAUGGGGACCCUCCCAUGGCCGGUGUUUCUGAGAAUACUGAACAAGGAAAUAAGAAUCCUAGAGGAGAAAAACGCAGUGCUGAUGGAACUGUCAAAGCUCGAGUCGAGCACCCACACCCUGAAGACCAAGUCAUUGAUAGGGAUAUCACAAUGGCGUCUUCACCAAAUUCCCCUGGACCUCACAACCCUGACGAUUCAUUGCCCAAAGAUUCAGGUGAACUUUCUGGGUCUGGAGGCUAUGAACCCGAAGAUGAGUUUGGUGCAGAUGAGAUGGAAGAAGACGAUGAAGAGGAAGAAGAGGAAAAAGAGGAAAACGAGGAAAAAGAAGAGGAAGAUAAACAGAACAAAGAAAAUCCAAAUCGGGAUUUUGACCCAGGCCAUGGCAACGGAGAGAACGGAGGAGGUGGUGAUGAUGGCUACGAUGGCGGUUCUGACGACAGUGGAGCUUACACAGACUUCAACUUCUUCGGUGACUGUGAAUCCAAUGCGGAUCCGGACCCGGAUGCGGAUAACGAGGUAGGAGGUCGUGAUUACGAUGAUGCCGAUUUUUUCGAGGGAUUUAAUGAUCUCGAUGGCCCGCUUUUUAGCAACGGGUACAACCGUGUGUGGGAGCCAGACGAGGCCUCACGAGCACUGUUUGAUAUUGAUGAUGACCUUAGCAUCUUCCAAUCUGACGCAUUCAUAUACCCUGGAGAGGGCAGUAGUGCCUCUGAAGAUUUCAUUUAUUACGACCCGAAUGAUCUUUAUUACGAGGGUUCAGAUGUUGAAGCUGUUGAAGAAGCUGGAAACAUUGAACGGCCUGAAGAAAGUGGAGAAGCGGAAGUGGUCAAAGAGGGUGAAAUUGAAGAAAUAAUGGCUGAUAUGCCCGCCAAUUAUAUCCAACUCCAACAUGAUGUUGAAUAUCAGGAUGAUGCAACAUACCCACAUCCCAUUGCCACUGAAGACACGAAUAUUUGGUAUACUGAUCCCAUCCUUACUGAUAUCGAUAAUCAGCUUUCCUCAGAGCAGCCCAUCCCAGGACCGAACGGUGAUAGUACUGACCAGACGGAGGCAACCCGCGUUCAGUCAUCUGCAUACAGUGGACAAGAAAUCUGGGAAGACUUGUCUGAAGAUGAGAAGGAACGUCGCAUAACGCCUGUGGUUAUGGAAAUAUUCAAUAUACCCGCCACUGAACUGGUCCAUGAAGAAGCAAACAAGGAAAAUAAAUACCCACAUGCCAAUGGUCUCAACAUGCAAAGUGAUGUUGAGAAUGGCAUCCUAGAAGAGACCGCUCCUGAAUCAGCUUCUAGCAACACACAGCCAUGGACAGGCCGUUAUAGCCCAGCACAGGACCGAGAAUAUCGACCCUUAUCUUUUGGUGGUGCUCUCCGCCCAGUUCCGUCUUUGACUGGCAGGGUCCCAGUACUGAAUGUCAAUCCAAAUGGCCCAAGAACUCAAGUCCAUGAUUGGUAUAGCCAAGUUGGCUCGCAUAUCCAGGAUAUCCCAGAGCAAACGGCUCCUACUGUUGGUGUUGUGCGACGUGUUCAUUCACCACCACCAGCCAACUGA